AUGCCGACUCCCAUCGAUCGCGCAGUGCAACAACGUGGCCCUUUCUUCGCUUUCGCUGCAGUCGUUGCUGGCGUUGCAGCAUGGAGUAUCUGGGGACAAGACAUCUUUCCUAGUCAAGACCCCACUGGCGACCCAGAAACAUGGACUCACGAUCAAUGCAUUACCUGGCUCAAGCACCCCUGGCUACUGUCAACAUACCAUGGCAUUUCGCUGAUGAUAGGUGCUGUCGGUUGA